CUCGUUCUCUAGGGUUCUUGGCUCUGGCGCUCGUCGAUUCCUGUGAGUAGGUUCUUUCCAGCUAGCGGCGAUGCAUGACAGAGGUCGCGGCGAGCAUCGCCGUCCAGCAGCGCCUUGGAUCGGGCAUUUUUGCCUUGCUCGGCGCUUGCGGCAGCGCCAGGGAUUUGCAGAGCGCGGAGAGAGUCCACGCGAUCGUGAUCCGGGCUGGGAUCGAGCAGGGGAUUCUGGUGGCGAAUUCCAUUGUCAGCAUGUAUGGGAAAUGUGGGAGCCCGGAGAACGCGAGGAGGGUGUUUGAUGCGUUACAGUGGCCGGAUCUCGUGUCGUGGAACUGUUUGAUUCUGGGAUACGCGGAGAAUGGGCAGGAAGAGACUGCGCUGGAGAUGCUCUUUCGGAUGGAAGAGUAUGGCUGUGCUCCAGAUUCGCGAUCGUUCGUAGCUGGUCUAAGAGCUUGCGUCAAUCUGGCAAGAAAGGAGGAUUGGAACGCUGGAACUAAGCUAAAAUCGCUGGAAAAGGCGAAGCUCGUCCACGGCUAUGCGGCCUCGAUUGGAGCUCACAGGAACGACUUUGUUGGCAGUUCUCUUGUCGACCUCUACGCAAAGUGUGGAAGCAUGGCGGAUUCCAGACGGGUGUUUGACGCGAUGGCUCAUCCAACAGCGGUGGCUUGGAACUCUUUGCUGGCUGGAUAUGUCUACAAUGGAGAAGAGAAGGAAGCACUCGAGAUGUUCCAGCUCUUGCGACGUGUUGGUCGACCGGAUGCUCUAGCUUUUGCCGCUGCUCUACGUGCUUGCGCUGGUAUUGGUGCGAAAGGAAACAAGUUGGAUGCUCUGAGCAAAGGCAUGGCCAUUCACAGCGACGCGGAGAAGAAUGGUUUCGAGCCGAAUCUAGUUCUCUCGAACAUCCUGGUGGACAUGUAUGCCAAGUGUGGGAGCAUGGUGGAUUCGAGCAGGGUGUUCUACAAGAUGCCAUUUCGUGAUCUCGUUUCCUGGAAUUCGUUGAUUCUGGGAUACGUGGAGAACCAGGAAGCCGAGCUGGCUCUAAGCUUGUUCACAGAUAUGAUGCGGUUUCAAAUUCGAUCCGACAGUAGAACCUUGGUCGCUGCACUAAAGGCUUGUGGCAUUUUGGCAUCGAAGGAAAAGCUUAAAGAGCUUGGCAACGAGAAGAUGGUCAAGGUGGAAGCUCUUGAGAAAGGAAUGCUUUUUCACUCUAUAGCUGAAAAGGCUGGCAACUUCAACAGUUUCGUUGGGAACACUUUGGUGGACUUCUACGCAAAGUGUGGAAGUAUGGUGGAUUCUCAGAGGGUGUUUGACGGCAUGAAGCAUCGUGAUGUUCGUUCCUGGACCGCCUUGAUACUUGGAUAUGUGGAAAACGGGGACGAGCAACAGGCUCUACAGGCUUUUGACCUCCAGGACUGUCCUGUUGAUGCUCUUAGCUUCGUCGUGGCGUUGAAGGCGUGCAGUGGUCUAGCUGUGAAAGUGUUGAAACCAGAAGAUCGAGCUCAAGUGCUGGAGAAAGGAAUGGCUGUGCACAGCUAUGCUCGGAAGGAUGGUUAUGGCUCCAACUGGCUGAUUGUGAGUACGCUGGUGGACAUGUACUCAAGCCUCGGUAGUAUGGUGGACGCCAAAAGAGCCUUCGACGGUAUCGAACUAGUUCGUCACGACGUGGUAUCCUGGAACGCAUUGAUCCUUGCGUACAUUGACAACGGGGAGAGUGAAAUAGCACUGGAGUACUUCGCUGAUUUGCGAUCUCGAAGUAUCACCACAAAUGCUUCGACUUUGGCGGUGGCACUCAAAGCCUGCGGAUCCCUGACGGAGCUGGCGACUGGGAAGUCGAUCCAUGGCGACAUUCUGAGAUGCGCGAGAACGCUCGAUGCUACUUACGUUUUUGACUCGUUUCCCACGAACGAGACGGUAACUUGGAACGCGUUGAUGGUUGGCUACAGCCGCGCCGGACAGACAGACAGUCUGUUGGAUGCCUUCGGCCGAAUGCAGCAGCAAUCCGUGAAUCCCGACUCGGUAACUCUACUCUUGGCUUUAAACGCAUGUAGUCACGCUGGGCUUGUGGAUGCAGGCAGCGAGAUCUUCCGGAGCAUGGGCUCCAAGUUUAAAGUCGAGCCUCGCCUCGAGCACUACCACUGCCUGAUCGACUUGCUCGGACGUGGCAACCAGGUGAACCGAGCUAUAGAGGUGGCGCUUUCCAUGCCUUACGAGCCAAACGGACUGACUUGGCGGAUCAUUCUCAGUGCUUGCUCAAAGGUGGCGGACUUGGCGGUAGCAAGGAGCACAUUCCAGUCGCUACUUCAACGGGGCGAUGAGGUACAAGGGUCAGAUUACUCGCUGAUGGCGAACGUUUUGCAGCCGCGUGGAGGAGAAGAUGGUUGACAGGGCUGGCUGCAUUCAUCUGAUAAGAUCCACGCGGACGAUCCACGCCGCCAGGGAGGCCCAUCUUCAAGUUUUGCGUCUCCUCGAGGCUGGCGACUUGUUCGUCUCCAACAUCGUGAUCGAGAUGUAUGGAAGAUGCGGCAGCAUGGUCGAUGCACAGGAAGUUUUCGAUUCCAUGCGGCAGAAGAACCUCUUCACUUGGGCUUUGCUACUCUCGGUGUAUGCCCGGAACGGGCAUCUCCAGGAGGCCAAGUCACUGUUCGACAAGAUGCCGGGAAGAAAUCUCGUGGCCUGGACAGGAAUGCUGGUCGCCUACACAGAUCGAAGCCACCUCGAGGAAGCAAAGACGCUGUUCGACUGGAUGCCAGAAAGGGACCUGGUUUGCUGGACGGCUAUGCUCACCGCGUUUGCGGAGAAUGGUCACUUGCAACUAGCAGAGGCGUUGUUCGACGAGAUGCCAGAGAGAGAUCUCAUCUCGUGGAGUGCGAUGCUUUCGGUUUACGCUCGGCACGGGAAGCUGGACAAAGCCAAGUCAGUGUUUGACGAGAUGGAGGAGAGGAACCUGGUUUCAUGGACUGCGAUGUUAGCGGCGUAUGCUCAAAAUGGUCAGGUGGAAAAGGCUAAGCAGGUGUUUGACAAGAUGCCCGAGAGGAACCUCGUCUCCUGGACAGCCAUGCUCGUAGCUCUUGC